CAUUAAAUUAUCCUUAAAGUUUAAAUUAUUGAUAACUUGCCGGAUAUUGUUCGAUUGAUUAAGGAUGUGAAAAGUAAUAUUUACGACAAAAUAGAUAAAUUUAACACAGUAGGAAAUAUGCCUCCCAACACUGCAAGUGUAUAUUUCUUCCUAUUUGUGCUACAUAUGACAGAUUCUUUAGCUUCCUAUUAUAUAUCAGAAGGAAAGUCAGUCUGGUCUGAUCAGUCUAAACAAUGCCGAUCUUCAACGCCUGAAAUUGUUUCAUGCUCGGACAAUAGAGAUAAAUGUUCAUUGAAAAUAGAUAACGAUAUUGACAUGCAGGCUUCGGACGAAGGUAUAUGGAUAGGGUAUUGUAAAACUGAGAUGGCAUUCGAAUAUGUUGGAUGCGUGGCGGAAAACAAAAUUCAUAAAGGCCAAAAAUGUUCAUUUGAUAAGGAUCCUCGCCGAUGCUACCCAGAAUGUAUUGGAUCAACUUUCAUUGGCUUAUCUAAGGACAAAAAGUAUUAUUGUUUUGAUAAUUCAUCUCACCUCACAGCAACGAUCUACUCAGUUCCAGUUGUGAUGCUGUCUGUAAAAGGCCUGUUAAAGUUGCUUGCGGUGGAGAGCGUGGGAAAAAUACUUACAUGUCUUUAUACAAGAUCAACCCGAACGUGAUCGGCAAAAUAUUCUCUGGAUCAACUGAGGAAGGAAAUGACGCAAACUGUCUCAAACUUUCCGAAGAAAGGCCUGAAUGGGAAAAAUGUGAAAAGAGCCACGGAACAUUGUGCAGUUCUGGCAGUGGAACCUUUAAUCUAUCUGAUAAACCUGAUAAAAGUCGGAAUUGGUUCGAUGCAGCAAAGCAAUGCUUUAAGACGGGAAAGUAUCCCAUAUCGUAUUCAACUGCAUCAUCGCCAGAAACAUUCGAAGACAACUCAGUGUGGACAGGCGUGUUUAAAAUGAACAUUAUUUACAAGCAACUUCAGGAAACAUCAAGUGGAUAUAUGAACAGUGAUAUCAGAUAUGGAUACCUUAGUAGCGACUUCUACCUGCGCUUUACCAGAGAAAAUAAUACGAAGAGAGUGUUAUGCGAAAAAGGGCCGAUAGACACAACUACGUCAAGCAAGAACAAAGACACCAAAACAACAAAGUCACCACCAAAUACAAGUAGUUUGAGUGUUACAGUCAGCACUAUAACAGCAGUCAUCAGUGUAGUUGUUGCGAUCAUUAUUGUCGCAGUGUUGACAGUUUUUCUGACGAAAAAGCGGCGAAUGAAUCAAGGGACACGUCUGACAGAAGUUGGAUACGUACCCGAACAAACCAAUAACAUAACACCUAUUUCUGAAAAAGCAAGAGAUGGGGAUUACACAACAAUACAAGACAUUGGCACAGGUAAAGAAAUCGAAAUACAAAAUACACAAAAUAUUGUUUAUGAGUCCUUGGGUGAAAGAAACUAUGAGGAACACGGCUAUGAAACAGCAAAUACACAAACGAGUGUUUAUGAGUCAUUGGGUGAAAGACAUGAUGAAGAACACAACUAUGGAACACCAACUACACAUAGGAGUGCUUAUGAGUCUUUGGGUGAAAGACAUGAUGAGGAACACGGUUAUGGAACACCAAAUACACAAAGGAGUUCUUAUGAGUCAUUGGGUGAAAGACGUGAUGAGGAACACAGCUAUGGAGUAUCUACCCAAGCAAGAAGCGGAUUUCAUCAGCCAUUAGAAGAAGAAAUGGUGGAGGCACACAACUAUAAAAUAGCUGAACAGCCCCGGGAAUUAGCAUAUGACUCACUAGGAGAUAAAAUAAAAGAAACACACUGCGAUAAAACAUCAGACCAAACAGCUUAUGUUAGACCUUAUGAAUGGGUUGAGUAAACCUACAGAUGUACGCACGAACGGAAUACAAUACACUUUUAUAUAACAUACAUUAAGUUUAAGCAACUGUAUAUAAAUAUCUGUGACAAGCGUA